CCACUUGUACUAAAAUGUCCUAAACUGGACUUCGUGCAGUUCCACGAGUGCCAAGUACAGUUACAGUAACAUUAUGUGAAAAUACCAAACUUUUUAAUUUUGACAUUCUGAAGUAAAAAUUACUAUAAGCUAUCAUAAUUAAUAAUUUAAAAUAUUUAAUAAAUAUAUAAAAAAAUUAUAAAUAAUAAAUAUCCCUAAAAAAAAAAAAAAAAUCCAAGGAGUAAAGAUUUUGAUACAUGGACGUCCCUCACUCAAGUAUUAGCUGGCAUAACUCACACAAAGUGAAAUUUCUCAUCUAAACCCUCCUAAAACCUCCCAUUCAAGCCUUGCUAGAUUUAUGACCCUCCUUCUAACUUCCCUGGGAAAUUCAAACCAACAACAAAGUUAGUGAAUUUUAUGAUAUAAUUCAUUCAUCCUCUUCAUUCAAUGGCAAGUAAUAUUCAACACCCAUUUUAAUUCUUGUUUUCUCUUUUUUCCUUUCACCCAUUUAAUAUCUCUACACUUUCUUCACUAAUUAAAACAUCAAAGUUCUUGGAUUUCCUCAAAUUAUAUCAUGAGUUUCAACUUCAUUCCUGUAAAAAUAAUGUUUCUUUUUCACUAAUUACAUACACAAGUAUAGAAAAUAGGUUGAGAUACAAAAAGGGUAUAAAGAAAAACACUUAAUUAAUUCUAAUACCCAUUUUGAUUCUUAUUUUUCUUUUUUUGUUUCCUUCACCCAUUUACCAUAUCUACCCUUUUUUCUCACUCUCUUGACUAAUUAAAAUAUCAUUGUUCUUGGGUUUUCUCUAUUUCUCAGAAUGUAUCAGGAGUUUCAGCUUCAUUCAUGGUAAAGAUUGUUACUUUUUCACAAAUUACAUACAGAAAAAUAGGCUGAGAUUAAAAAAAAAAAAGGGUUUAAAGAAAAUUAAUAAAUUCUAAUACCCAUGUUUGCAUAAUUUUCUUUUAUAGGUGUUUUUUAAUAAAUAGCUGGUGAUAGUUCAGGUAGGAAAUAAAGUUCAGGUAGGAAACUCGCAAAAAACUGACAGUUCAGGUGUGUUUUUUGACCAUUAUCUCUAUUCUCUUUCACUCCUAAAUGAGCCAAAGAAUCUUCCUUAUGAAGUCUUUGUCAAUAUUUAAAGCACAAUGCCAAUAUUCAAUCAGUUUUUCAUCCAUUGCUUACAAGUCUUUUGAUAUCAAGACUUUAAUUGUAUCACUUCAAUCAAGUGCUAAUGAAAAAAACAUCAUAGGAGGGAAACAAAUCCAUUGCCAUAUGCUUAGAUGUGGCCAUUUGAAUUUAUCUCCAAUGCCUACUACUAGCCUUAUUAACAUGUACUCGAAAUGCAACUCCAUAUCCAAUGCGUUAUCGGUAUUCUUUACUUCACCACUUGAUCAUAAUGUGUUUGCUUAUAAUGCUAUAAUAGCAGGGUUAAUUGCCAAUGACUUGCCUAAAAGAGUUUUUGAAUUCUAUUUCCAAAUGAGGGUAGUUGGUGUCAUGCCUGAUAAAUUCACUUUCCCUUGUGUGCUUAAGGCUUGUAUAAAUGAAGUAGACGUGAAAAAGAUUCACGCGUUGGUUUUUAAACUCGGGCUAGAGGAUGAUUUGUUCAUCGGUAGUGCGUUGUUGCAUAGUUAUUUGAUGUAUGGGUUGGUGGAUUUUGCGUUAGAUGUGUUUGAGGAUUUACCGGAGAGGGAAGAUGUUGUGCUCUGGAAUGCCAUGAUAAAUGGCUAUGCACAAACAGGUGAGUUUGGUAGUGCUUUGAUGGUUUUUAGGUGGAUGAUUGAGGAUGGGGUUGUUCCGAACAAGUUUAGCAUAACGGGCGUACUUUCAGCUCUGGCAAAUUAUGGGCAAUUUUAUAAUGGAAAGGUGAUACAUGGGUUUGUGAUAAAAAUGGGAUUUGAUUUGGGGGUUGCUAUUUCAAAUGCAUUAAUAGACAUGUAUGGUAAAUGUAGUUGUGUUGCUGAUGCUUUCGAGGUUUUUGAGAUGAUGUAUGAUAAGGAUAUAUUUUCAUGGAACUCGAUAAUUUGUGUGCAUGAACAAUGUGGUGAUCACGAGGGAACACUGAGGGUUUUCAAAAGGAUGUUGUCCGCUGGAGUUCGUCCUGAUUUGGUGUCUGUCACCACUACACUUCCGGCUUGUGCUCAUUUAGCUGCAUUGAGGCAUGGUAGGGAGAUGCAUGCAUACAUGAUAGUUAACGGUCUGAGGAAAGAUGCUGCUGACAAAGAAUACAAUGAUACUUACAUUGACAAUGCAAUUUUGGACAUGUAUGCCAAAUGUGGAAGCAUGCGUGAAGCUCAGCUGAUCUUUGAUACGAUGAAUUUCAAAGAUGUAGCGUCGUGGAACAUUAUGAUUAAGGGGUAUGGCAUGCAUGGAUUCGGCGUCAAGGCGUUAGAAUUGUUUUGUGAUAUGUGUAAGGCAGAAUUGAGGCCUGACGAUGUCACGUUUGUUGGGGUUUUGUCGGCUUGCAGCCAUUCAGGCCUUGUAAAACAGGGGAGAGAAUUUCUUGCACAAAUGCAGCCGAAGUACGGCGUUGUGCCUUCUAUUGAACAUUACACCUCUGUGAUUGACAUGCUAGGUCGUGCUGGGCAGCUUGAAGCUGCUUAUGAGUUGUUAUUAACAAUGCCCAUUAAGGCCAAUUCUGUAGUAUGGAGAGCAUUCUUGGCUGCCUGCCGUCUCCACGGUAAUUCCGAUCUAGCUGAGGUUGCUGUUAAUCAGGUACUUGAUCUUGAACCAGAGCAUUGUGGAAGUUAUGUCAUAUUAUCAAAUGUUUAUGGACAGACUGGUCGCUAUGAAGAGGUAUUAGAGGUACGAGAUGCAAUGAAGCUACGAAAUGUAAGGAAGACACCUGGUUGCAGUUGGAUUGAACUUCAUAAUGGUGUCCAUGUCUUUAUCACUGCUGAUAAGUCACAUCCCGAAGGCAACCUUAUUUAUGCUGGAUUGAAUUCUUUAACUGCUCGAUUGUGUGAGCAUGGUUAUACACCAGAAUCUGAUGCCUUGGAAAGCAGUCCAUGAUAUUCCAGACUUAUUUUCCGUCGUUCUCGAUGAAGAUUCCUGAAGAACUGAUUGAAAUAUUUAUGCUGAUGCUGUGAAAACAGCCCGAGUUAUCUGUGUGCUUUGAAAAAUGAAAAGUAGUCCAGGAUGGUGUGGACAUAGUCGGACAUAAUCAAUUUAUCAAUCACUCCAAACAGACGUCCUCCUGGUUUGCUAUCAUUAUUCAACAUUUGCUGUUGUGAAGGCUUCCGACCUCCUUAUUCUGUUCUGCCCUCUCUUUGAUAAAGUAGUCUUUAUGACAGUCUCCAUAAUCUAAUAUCGGGGAAAGAAGAACCCGAGGCAGCAUUAUCCCCUGCGAUGGAUGCUGUAAUAAGAAUAUUCAAACGUGUCAGUGGACUGUCUGAAGGUGAAGGUGAUGGCGACUUACCUGUGGGCUGGGGCUGCUGGGGCUGCAUUCUGCUCCAUCAGACUACUUGUAGCAUCAACACAAGCUGUGAACUUAAUAGGAAAGCAAGGGUCUUUAAUCAAGCCUAUCCAGCAAAACAUUGGUGCCUCCAUUCGAGUUCUUUCCAAUGAUGAGAUGUCAAUCUAUGCGACUCCGGAUGAGAAAGUUGUGGAAAUUCAAGGUGAAGCUCUUAAGUUUCUUAAAGCUUUAGAAUCAGUGAUUGGGCACCUCAGAAAGUUCUUGGUGGAUCAUAGCGUUCUUCCUUUGUUUGAAAAGAGCUACAAUGCACCUGCCGUUCAGGAGCGUGAAUCUGAGCCCUGGUCUGAGAGGACGAUGCUUAGCACCUCACGAGCGGAACUUGGUGAUUAUCCUCCGCGACAAGGACUUGGUGAUUAUCCUCGGCGACAAGGACUUGGUGAUUAUCCUCCUCGACAAGGACUUGGUGAUUAUCCACCUCCAACAAAAGAGGGAUUCUCAAUUUUCUGAACGCGAAAGCCAGCUGGACUCACACUAUCAUCCUGCUGGACUUUCACUGUAUGGGAAAGACCCUGGACUUUCAUUGUAUGGACAAGAUCCUGCACUUUCUGGAACUCGCACUUCAGGUGGUGGUCGUGUUGGGAAUUCUGUUAUUACUCAGAUUUCCCAAACCGUUCAAAUGAAAAUACCACUAGCUUUUGCAAAAGAUAUCAUUGGCAUUGGGGGAGCUAAUAUUGCUUAUAUACAACGUACUAGUGGUGCCAUUCUUACAGUUCAAGAAAGUAGGGGCUUAGCUGAUGAAAUCACGGUGGAAAUAAAAGGGUCGUCAUCACAAGUUCAGACAGCCCAGCAACUUAUGCAGGAAUUUAUGGGUGGCCACAAAGAAUCACUUCCGAGCAGUUAUGGCCAGUUAGAUACAGGCUCGAGGCAGUCUUCUUACUCUAACCUAGGCAGUGGGUCCUACCCCUCAUCUUCAUACGGCGGACAGCAAUAUGGCAGUGGCUAUGGAUCAUCAUUCGGUGCAGGAGGAGCGUACAAUAGUUACAGGUCAUGAACAGAAUAGGCCGAGUCUUAGCACUCAAUACUUCCCAUCCUGUUUGGUGCCAGAGCAAACACUAAAGCAACUGCAUGUGGUUGACGAUGCUUUGUUAAUCUGAUGUCGAUUACAGCAAUGUAUUGAUAGCUUUUCAGUAGCUCACCAUAGCUUGUAGUCUUACAUGUGUGUCGAUAUGAUACCAUUGAAUUUUGUAAGUGUAAUAUGGUCAAGUGCUGUAUGGUUCUCUGAGUAUUUUUUUUUUUUUUUAAAAAAAAUUGUUUUUAUUACAUAGGGGGUAGGGAAAGGGGAAAUGGGGAGGGGAUUACAAUGUGGGUAGCCACUGAGCUACUAGAUCCCUACUCUUUCUCAAAGUAUUAUCUUUAGUUUUUUUUUUUUUUUUAACCUUUGUUUUGUAAAAUGAUAUUGCAACUUGCCACUUCACAAAAAAUGAUCAGUUGCAAUUGCCUCGCC